UUUAGUUAUCUCAUACAGUCACUUCAACUGUAAGACACGAUGUCUGGAAGAGGCAAAGGAGGCAAGGGACUCGGAAAAGGAGGCGCCAAGCGUCACCGUAAAGUUCUCCGUGAUAACAUCCAGGGUAUCACCAAACCCGCUAUCCGCCGUCUGGCUCGCCGUGGUGGUGUCAAGCGUAUCUCCGGUCUCAUCUACGAGGAGACCCGUGGUGUGCUCAAGGUUUUCCUGGAGAACGUCAUCCGUGAUGCCGUCACCUACACCGAGCACGCCAAGAGGAAGACCGUCACCGCCAUGGACGUGGUCUACGCUCUGAAGAGACAAGGCCGCACUCUGUACGGCUUCGGAGGUUAAACCUGAUCCUGACUCCCAUCUGAAAUCCAAAGGCUCUUUUAAGAGCCACC